GCAGCAUCCAAGUCGCUCGCAUUGAUGCUUCUAUUGGUAGUGAGCUUUGGCAAUCGCAACACGCAGCCACGCGCUGCAACUCUAUCACGUCUGUUCCACGCGUUCGCCGCGCCACUGCUGCGAGAGCACAGCGUGUGUCAGCUUGCUGCUUUGGCAUGACCGAUGACGCGCCAGACCAGAGCCGUCCGGGCUCGGCGCAGGACGCCGCGCGCCUUCGCAGCCCUUGGCGGAGACGACGAAGCGCUGCCGCAAAUCGCACCCACCGACGAUGGCCGCGCGGCCCCCGAAACGGCUGAGCUCGACGGCGCCGUGGAGCAGGCCGGUAUCGGCAGCGACCAAGAUUGGCCUAGAUGGUUACGGCAGGCCCACCAGCCCAUAUGGCUGGUCGACGAUGCCUUUGUCCAUCGGCUAAAUCGCGACGAUUGAGGCAGAGCGCGGCGAGCGCGUCGAUGAAGGCCAUCGCUGGCGCGGCGAUGCGGACGAGCCGCGCACGUGCCCGUGUAAUUCGACGACGGCGUCGCCCGCGACCGAGACGGAACCUAUGGCUUCUGCGGCCUUGGCCUGGGCAUUCGGCCCACCAUUUUUACGUGAUAGAGAACCCGUAUUAGUAUAUCGCGCGGCGAUUCAAGCAUUUGUAGACGCUCUCGUUGCUGCACGCAAGAAGUUGUUGUACAAAAACUCUACAAGUAGCCGAAUUUCUAGAACGAGAGCUUCUAACUGAGACAGUGGACGCGACGAUAAUUGACCGCUUUAUUCGACGCGAACUUUUAGAGAUUGAUUUCAGAAGCUCGUGUAGCCGCUGACGAAGUUCUGAAUUAAACUCCGUUUUGUGAAGCGAUGCUCAGUAUAUACUCAUAGUGCAUUCCGCACGGACCCGGCGCGGCGGUGAACAAUUUGUCGCCCAUGCCGCGGCUCGGAUAGAUUGAAGUGAAGUCUGGGUCCCAUCACGCCGCGCGGCACAGCAACGGAAGCGAUAGCAAGCGCGUUGAUGAAAGGCCAUCGCUAGCGCGGCGGCGACAACACCGCCGCGCCAUCGUCGUUCAUGGACCGGGUCGUCGCGAUUCUACGACGACGGCGCCUCGGGGCACGUCUAGAUGGAC